UACUUUCAAUGCAAUCGAAUCAUGUGUUUAUUUAAAUUCCAUUUUUGGAUUUACAAGCUUUUUAGGAACUAUAGGCGAGUUUCAGGUUAUAACCGCUUCACAGUUGUCGUACGUGUUAAACAGUGCCACGAUUUUCGUUCCGGCAUUUAUGCACCAAAUAAUUGGUCUGAUGGUCUUUAAUAAGAAACUACCAGUUCUGUUGAACAAUAUCCAAAUGCAAACCAAUUUCUUAUAUCACGAAAAGAGGAACCCAAACGAUUCGAAAUAUGUAAAAUUAUUGCUGGGUUUAAUGUUAUUUUGGACUUUGCCAGUGCAGAUCUCCUAUUUCUACGUAAAUAAAGGGCUUUUUUAUUUUUCACAAAAAAUGUAUAUUAUUAUCGUUUUGAUGGGUUUCUGGUACGGAUCCACGAUUGAUUUAUGCUUGCAUACGAAUUAUAGCGCACUGUGUUUAAUUCUGAAAAACAGAAUUAAGAAAAUUAAUCAAGAGUUAGCCAAAAUAGAAGUCUUUUUUGCAGAACAACAGAGCAAAAUGGUUUAUGACCGACUAUCGAUAGUGGGUAUCUGCAAAAUUCGGAAAUUGCGAAAGGCUUACCUCUACUUGGGGGAAUGCCGUCUGCAAUUAAACCAAAUGUUUAAAAUACCGUUAUUAUUUAGCAUAUUGGCAUUAGAAUUAUACCUAUUACAAAACGUCUUUGCUGUUCUGGACCUAAUUUUCACCAAAUACACCGAUGCCAAUAAAUUCAAGCUGAAUCUGUUUAGCAUCGCUUGGCUGGUUUAUUCUUGUUUUAAAUUAACGUGCCUGUGCUGUGUCAGCGGCUCAUUGAACACAGAGAUAGACGAAACGAGGCACAUUGUGUCAAAAAUUUAUAAUGAAAUAUGCAGUGCGGACGCCAGAGAGGAGAUCGAAGAAUUUCUCUAUAUAACAUCAGUAUUGGAUUCAAAGUUCUCUCCAUUUGGAUUCUUCACUGUCGAUUACAGCUUAAUAAGGAUUGUGGCUUCAAAAGUAACAACAUAUAUGGUAAUUGUGGCUCAGUUUACGUUUUUUAGGAGUAAUUAA